AUGUGCUCCACUCUCCUCGCGGGCAUGCUCGCCGCCGCGAUGACGACGAUGGUCGCUCCCACCACCGGACUGGCGGCGCCCGCGGUCGAGCGCCCUAGGCCGGGCGAGUUUGGGCGCGCGAGCGUCGUCGCGGCGAUCGAGGCGAUGAGGCGCGGUCAGCCCAUCGUGGUGACAGAUGACGAGUCGCGGGAGAACGAGGGCGACCUGAUCCUCGCCGGCGAGAUGGCGACGGCCGAGACGGUCGGUUUCGUCGUGCGCCACUCCUCUGGCGUGAUAUGCGUCGCGCUGCCCGGCGAGCGCUGCGACGACCUGCGGCUUCCGCCCAUGGUCUCUCGCAACCAGGACCCAAAGGGGACCGCCUUCACGGUGUCCGUCGACCUCAAGGCGGGGACCACGACGGGCAUCUCCGCCGCCGAGCGCGCAGCCACCUUCCGCGCUCUCGCGGACCCGGCGCUCGGCCCGGAGGCUUUCAACCGACCCGGCCACGCGGCGGGGGACCUCUGCCGGCUGGCGGGGCUGCAGCCGGCGGGCGUGCUGUGCGAAGCGAGGGUGGCAGACCUGAUCCCUUUCUGCGAGCAGCAUGGGCUCGUCCUCACCUCCAUCGCAGACUUGAUUGAGUGA